AUGAAUAAAAAAGAUAAGCAGAAAGCUAUCUUAUAUGUGUGUAGGGUGAAUAAGGUGGGGUUUGGUGCUUUACUUGAAACUAGAGUUAAGCAUGAGAAGAUAGAUGAGAUGAUUCUUAAUAAUUUUCCUGGUUGGGACUUUUAUUCUAGUCCUGUUGUUUCAGGGCGUAUUCUGUUGAUUUGGCAUUCUAAUUUGAUGAAGGUGGAAGUGAUUAUAGAAGAUGCUCAGUUCUUACACUAUAAAGUCAAGAUCUAUGGGCAUUUAGAAGAAGUGUUUAUUACUGCUGUUUAUGGUAGUAAUUCCUUGAUGGAUAGGAAAGAGCUAUGGUAUAAAUUGGCUGGAAUAGGAAAGCUAAUGAAUCCUUGGUUAAUUUUUGGUGAUUUCAAUGCAAUGUUUAAUUUUCAAGAUAGGAGUGGUGGAAGGCUUGUCACUGCUAAAGACAUUGAGGAUGCGCAAUAUUGGCUUUCAUUAGGCCAAGUAGAUGAGUUUAAAAGUUCGGGUGCUUAUUAUACUUGGUCUAACAAGCAUGAUGUUGGGGAUCAUAUUUACUCCAAACUUGAUAGAGUUUUCACUAAUGAGUUGUGGAUAGAUGCUUUUCCCAAGUCUGAAGCCUGUUUCAAAUGGGACCCUUCUUCGGAUCAUAGCUACUGCAUUUCUUGUGCUUCGGACUGUGGAGAUCUUAAGAGUAUUGUGCUGAAACUUUUCAGAAUCAAGCAUAGUUUGAAGAAAUUUUAUAGAGAAGAGGUGGGAGAUGUUGUGUUAAGGUACAAAGAGGCUAAGGAGGCUUAUUGUAAGGCUCAAGGGGACUUGGCUAGUAAUCCAACAGAUUUGGUUUUGCAGCAGGCCGAACUGAAAAUGCAGCAGGAUUACUAUACAAUUCUGAAAAGUUAUACCAGCUGGCUUAAGCAACAAAGCAAGGUAACUUGGCUGAAUGAUGGUGAUGAAAACUCAAGAUAUUUCCAUGCGGUUAUGAAAAAAAGGAGAAUAGAGAAUCGAGUUACUACAUUUUCUGUGAAUGACCGUUCAGAAAAAGGGGAUGUGAAGAAAGCUCUUUUUGGGAUCCAUUCUAUCAAAAGUCCUGGUUUGGAUGGUUUUGGAUCGAGUUUCUUUAAAGGCCUUUGGGAAGAGAUAGGGGAUGAUGUCGCUAAGGCAGUGUUGGGUUUUUUUCAGGAAGGAAGACUCCCUUCUGAACUGAAGGAAACUGUGAUAUCGCUCAUUCCCAAAAAAGAGAACCCGGAAGAUGCAAAUGACUAUAGACCGAUCGCUUGCUGUAGCACUCUCUACAAAUGUAUUUCAAAGAUGAUUUGUACUAGAUUGGCUGAGGUCCUUCCUACUCUUGUGCAAAGCAACCAAGGAGCUUUUAUUAAGAAUAGACUGCUGGCUCAUAAUAUUCUUAUUUUUCAUGAUCUCCUAAAAGGUUAUACCAGGAAGAGUGUGUCUGCUAGGUGCUUCAUGAAGAUAGACCUAAGCAAAGCUUAUGAUAAUGUGGAUUGGCAAUUUGUGGAGGAUCUUUUAAAAGAGCUAUGCUUUCCUUCUCGAUUUAUUGGAUGGAUUUUAGUUUGUUUGCAAGGUACAAACUAUAAUUUGUUGAUGAAUGGUCGCCUUCAGGGUGCGUUCAAGGGUGAAAAAGGUCUUAGACAAGGGGAUCCUAUGUCCCCUCUUCUUUUCGUGUUGAUUAUGGAGUAUCUUACAAGGUUGUUGGCUAGAAACACUUGUAAGAAGGGCUUUGGCUUCCACCCUCUAUGUAAGUCGCUAAAGCUAACUAAUCUCUGUUUUGCUGAUGAUCUGAUUAUCUUUUGCAAAGGUAAUAUCAAAUCGGUGGAGAUGGUAAAUAGUGCUUUCAAGGAGUUUUGUGACACUACGGGUCUUUCAGCAAAUAAAUCGAAAUCCCUCAUCUACUUUGGAUGGGUGAAGGCUGAAAGUAAGAAGCAAAUAUUGGAUUUAGUUCAAAUGGAGGAGGGUUCUUUCCCUCUGAAAUAUUUGGGAGUGUACCUCAGACCUACAAAAUGGAAGGUUGCCGAUUGUGGGAUCAUCUUGGACAAGCUAAAUAAGAAGCUAAACAGUUGGGCUAGCAGGAAUCUAUCAUUUGCUGGUCGUGCUCAACUAAUUCACUCGGUGUUACUUGGAAUUAGAAAUUUUUGGAUGAGUUUGUUUAUUCUUCCUCAAAAGAUUACAGCAGCGAUAGACAAGAGUUGUAGAGAUUUUCUUUGGGGGGCAAAAGGUAACCGAAGCAAAUAUCAUCUUCCUGCUUGGGAGAAGGUUUGUCUCCCAAAAAAGUUUGGUGGAGUUGGCUUUAGGGAAGGAAAGAAGUGGAAUAUAGCUUUGAUGGCUAAGUUCUUUUGGGCCAUCUCGAGCAAGGAAGACAACCUUUGGGUUAAAUGGGUCAACUCCAUUUACCUUAAGGAGCAGAGUUUCUGGUCGUUAUCAGUGAAGCAGGAUAUGUGCUGGUAUUUUAAGAAGCUGUUGAAGCUUAGAGAGAUUGUAGAUAUGGAUAAGCUCCACCAAGCAGGGAGAGGAGGUAAAUUUUAUGUGAAAAAAUUCUACAACUCUUUACUGUCUGUUGAUAAAGUAGAAUAUGCUCAUACGGUUUGGCACAAGUUAAUUGUUCCAAAGCACAGAUUUAUAUUUUGGCAGGCAAUUAAUAGCCAGUUAUUAACUAGAGAUCAUUUGGGUAAAAUCAUGCCAAUCCCUUCUAGUUGCUGUCCUGUUUGUGAGAUUGAUGAUGAGACACACAGCCACCUCUUUAUGGAAUGCAUAUUUACUAGGAAGGUGUUUGGGGAGAUUGAAAACUGGUUGGGGUGUUACUUUUGGCCAAGGAACUUUAUUGAUCUUCAGGAGAGGUGCUCGAAGAAACUCCACGAUCUGAGGCAGCUUGUGAUUAAUGCUGUUCUGGCAGCUACAAUCUAUAUGUUGUGGAAGAAUAGGAAUAGGUGUAUUUUUUAUUGUAUGAGUAGCACUAUUAUGGCUAUUAGUAGAGAGAUUAAAAGCAUUGUUAAGAUUAGAGUGUUGGGUAGUAAUAACACUAGAGUUAAAAGGGUGGAUCAUUAUGUAUUGAAUCUCAUUGAAAGCUGGUAG